AUGGCUUCCGUCCCCGUCGUCGCGUCCCUGGCCGACAUCUACCCCCACGACGCUCUCGCACAGCAGACUUCACGAUGGAACGCCCUGUACGCCCGCUUCAGCUCCGCCUACGCCGGCGCCGUGCCUGCCUUCGUCGCGCGCUCCCCCGGCCGUGUCAACAUCAUCGGCGAGCACGUUGACUAUUCGCUCUACUCUGUGCUGCCCAUGGCAAUCACCGCCGACGCCAUCAUGGCCGUAUCGGCGCGUCCUCCUUCUACCACCACCACAUCCUCCUCCCCGUCGACGUUCAAGAUUCGCAUCGGCAACGUUGAUGACACGAGGUUUCCGUCGCGUGAGUUUGUCCUCGACGCCGGCGCCGAUAUCGAGAUUGACGCGUCGGCAUCGGAGUGGACCAAUUACUUCAAGAGCGGCCUCAGGGGCGCCCUGGCGCUGCUCAGGCAAAAGGCCCGGGAGGCAGGUCAGGAGUUUCGCCCCUGCGACAUGGACGUCAUAAUGGACGGAACCGUCCCCGUCGGCGGCGGUCUGAGCUCCAGCGCUGCCUUUGUGAGCGCCAGUGCCCUGGCCGUCAUGACAGCCAACAGCCAGGCCCCUGUUGACAAGAAGGAGCUGACCGAGCUCGCUAUCGUGAGCGAGAGAUCCGUUGGCGUCUAUUCUGGCGGCAUGGACCAGGCCGCUUCUGUCCUCUCAGAACUUGGAUCUGCCCUCUUUGUCUCUUUUAGCCCGCACCUCGAUGCCAAGCCGGUCAAGUUCCCUCACACCAACCCAGAGUUGGGCUUCGUCAUUGCCCAAUCCUUUGUCACCUCGACAAAGCACGACACCGCUCCGACCCGCUACAACCUGCGAGUCGUCGAGUGCAGCCUGGCCGCUGGCUACCUCAAUGCCGUGCUGAACCCACCGGGCACCACCCUAGCCCUCGACGCUGGCCCGCUGCGGACCAGCCUCAAAGGGUUCCACGAUGUUUUCGCCGCCAAGUACCUCACCGGCAUCGACCCAGAGGAGCAGCUCCAGCGCCUCAUUCGUCUGACCGAGGAUACACUCACCCAGGAAGAGGGCUACACCCGUGAGGAGCUCGCCCUGGUCCUCAAGGAAUCUGUGGCGGCAGAUCUCAUCAAGAUGGCGGCGGAACAAGGCUCGUCUACGGCCGUUGGUAUCGAAGAUGGCAACCUCGUAGCUAACUUGGAGAAACGAUACAUGUCCAAGUUUACUGUCCGCGCCGAGCGGUUCAAGAUUCGUCAGCGUGCUCUCCAUGUGUUCAGCGAGGCUCUCCGCGUCAUGCAGUUCCUCAAGCUGCUGGAAAGCACCGACCCGGCCAGCGCUGAUGUGAACCAGAAGCUUGGCAAUCUCAUGAACGCGACACAGGAAUCUUGCCGAGAGCUCUACGAAUGCAGCAGCCCUGAGAUCGACGACAUCUGCCGCAUUGCGCGCAGUGCAGGAGCGUACGGCAGCCGAUUGACAGGUGCUGGCUGGGGAGGCUGCACGGUGCACCUGGUGCCAGUGGACAAAAUUGAUACCGUCAAGGAGGCGCUCGAAAAGGAAUACUAUGCGACAAGACAUCUCACCGAGGAGCAAAAGGCCCAGGCAGUUGUGAUUAGUCGUCCGGCCAGAGGCAGCGCUAUCCUGGUGGGACACGCGGGGUCGUUUGUAUUGUAA